ACCACACGCCGGACAAAGCAACGCCCAUGGCGGAGUCACGACUGCUCACCGACAAGCACGUACAGUACAUUCAAACCCUUGGAAAUAGCAAAGAUGACUUGUCCUAUCAUAUGACUGCCCACCUCCGCAUGAACGCCAUCUACUGGGGCCUCACUGCUCUCUGCACCAUGGGUCACAAGGACGCACUCGACAGAGUAGAGAUGAUCAACUAUGUCAUGAGCUGCUGGGAUGACGAAGCAGGGGCCUUUGGUGCGCACCCGGACCACGAUGCCCACAUCCUCUCGACGCUCAGUGCCAUCCAGAUCCUGGUCACUCACGAGGCACUUGACCGGGUCGAUGUCAAUCGGGUCACGAAAUUCAUCCUGUCCUUGCAACAGCCCUCAGGCGUGUUCGCUGGUGAUACGUGGGGCGAGGUCGACACACGUUUUUCGUACAUCGCUGUGAACGCGCUGUCUCUUCUUGGUCGUCUUUCCGAGUUGGACGUCGAGAAAACCGUUUCCUACAUCCGCCAGUGCCGUAAUUAUGAUGGUGGCUUUGGGAAUACGGCUGGAGCAGAAAGUCAUUCUGGACAAGUCUUCGUAUGUGUAGCUGCCCUUGCUAUCCUGGAUAGGUUAGAUGAGAUCGAUCAGCCGUCCCUCUGCUGGUGGCUAUCCGAGCGGCAGCUUCCCAACGGAGGCUUAAAUGGUCGUCCCGAAAAACUCGAGGAUGUUUGCUAUAGCUUUUGGGUGUUAUCCGCCCUAUCGACUCUCGGAAAGCUUUCAUGGAUCGACGCUGAGAAGUUAACGGAGUUCAUUCUCUCCGCUCAGGAUACGGAAAGGGGCGGUAUAGCUGAUCGACCUGGAGACGAGUCCGACGUGUUCCACACCCAUUUCGGUAUCGCCGGUCUGUCCCUGCUCGGGUAUCCUGGAUUGGUCGACCUCGAUCCCGUAUAUUGCAUGCCUGCCCCCAUAAUCGAGAGGCUGGGCCUACGUAAAGGUUGGAAGGCGCUUCCGCGAAGAUCCCUCUAAAGGUAACAACACCUGUAGUAAUUUAUAAAGUACAACGUAAAUGAACGCUCCAACCCGUGACAUGAUAUCAAUGGACAGCUGUUUAACGCCUAGAGGUAAUGACUACUGUGCAUAUCGUGAAGAAACAAUAGCGGUGUCUGAGAGCGAUGAUGGUACUUCCGACGGCUCAUAGCUAUCAUCGUACUCAGACGCUGGCGGGUUGAUUUGCCCAGGUAGUCCUGCCUCUUUCCACGCGGCGUAUCCACCAAUGAUAUCCGUCGCGUUCAACAGCCCAAGGUCUUGUAGAGAUGCUGCGGCGAGCGACGACGUGUAACCCUCCUGGCAAUAGAUGAUAACCUUGAGGUCGUACCGAUCCGCGAUCGCGAGCCGUGCCUCGCACCGAGGGUCGAACCUCCACUCGAGCACGUUACGCUCGAUGAUGAGUGACCCAUGUAUCCCUCCCUCCCUUUCACGCUGCGCGGCCGGGCGGAUGUCGACGAGGAAAACGGGCAUGGGGAACGUGGGGUCGUGCAGUUCGUCGUAUGCCUGCUGGGGCGUGACACGCUGCAGCCGUGCGCGAGCGUCGCUCAGGAUUUGGUCGAUCGAGCGCGAUCCGGGAGGGGGUGCAAGCGGGGUGAUGGGUGCACGGACGGAUUUGGCGACAACGUCCCACAGGGCGGUUUCGUCGUAUGAGGAGGCGCCCAUGUCCCGCACGAGCGCGACCCAGAGGGUGCCCCGGUUGAUGGGGACGCUCUCGACACGUCCAAGGAACUUGGAUGAGGCGAGAAGGACGGCGCGUUGGACGUGGUCUUCGUCGCUCCCACUGAUAACCAAGGAAUUGACUGGUGGCUGCCCGUGUCCUCCUCCGGGUGUUGUUGUUGCACCUGUGGUAGCAAGCGCGAAGAGAUAAGGGGUACCUGCGAGUCGAACAUCGAUGUGGUCUGCGACGAGCUGGAGGAAGAGGUCGUCUUCUCGCUUGGAGAAGGCGAAAUAGACGGCCGCCUUGACACCAUCGAUGGUGCGUGCGCGGCUGAUUGCCCGGUUGGCGAUACCAUAGGCGACCUCGUUCCGUACGUCCUCCAGCGUGCGCGUUCCUCCUGGGCUGCUGAUGGAAACACUGCCUCCAAUGGAGGGCUGGCGGCGGUCGAGGGACGUCGUCAGGGUAGGUGUCUGCAUUUGAGAGGAAGCUGAGGGUGCAUGUUUUCUGGCUGUGAACACGCAAAGGUGUAAACAGGGGGAGU